AUGAUACCCCGUUUACUGCGACCAAAAUCUAUCAAGCCCGUUGCCCCCUUGCUGCAGCGAUGCUCUGCGCAGCGCCGGACCCUAUUGGCAGAAGCCACCAGCAGUGGUUCUAUUCCCAGUGGAGAUGGUGAGCCUUUUACAGUGUCAAUUCCCAAUGACUCCUACGACACGUACAACAUCGACCCACCUCCGUACACGCUGGAAACGUCAAAAAGUGAACUGCGGCAGCUGUACAAGGACAUGACAACCAUCCGGAGGCUGGAACUAGAGGCAGACAAGCUAUACAAGGAACAAAAAAUCCGAGGUUUCUGCCAUCUCUCCAUCGGCCAAGAAGCAGUUGCCGUGGGCAUUGAGCAUGCCAUCACAAAAUCCGAUCCUCUAAUCACUGCAUACCGCAGUCAUGGCUUUACGCUCAUGCGCGGCGGCACCGUACGCUCAAUCAUAGGCGAGCUACUAGGCAAACAGGAGGGCAUAUCGUACGGCAAAGGCGGCUCGAUGCACAUGUUCGUCAAGGGAUUUUACGGCGGAAACGGAAUCGUGGGUGCCCAUGUCCCCGUUGGCGCCGGUAUUGGGCUUGCAGAGCAGUAUAAUGGAAAUCCGACGAUGACGGUGGAUUUGUAUGGCGACGGAGCUGCCAAUCAGGGUCAGGUGCAUGAAGCGUUUAACAUGGCGAAAUUAUGGAAUCUGCCAGUUCUGUUUGGUUGCGAGAAUAACCAAUACGGAAUGGGCACCUCCGUUGAGAGAGCAUCCGCCAUGACGGAAUACUACAAACGUGGACAAUACUUCCCCGGCAUUCGGAUCAAUGCCAUGGAUGUCCUUGCAGUAUUGUCCGCUGUAAAAUACGCGCGACAACUAAUCACCGGUGAGCACGGUGACCAUCAAGGCCCGAUUCUCUAUGAAUACGUGACAUAUCGCUACUCGGGUCACAGCAUGUCUGACCCUGGCAUCGCAUAUCGAUCGCGCGAGGAGCUGCAGGAGAAGCGGAAGCAAGAUCCGCUUGCCGUUCUGAAACAAAGAAUGAUCGAGUUAGGCGUCAACACGGAAGGUGAAAUCAAGUCCAUGGACAAAGAAGUCAGACGCUAUGUGAGCGAGGAGGUCCAGGCUGCGGAGAAGAUGGACGAGCCGCCGGCGACGCAGGAUACAUUGUAUCAGGAUAUCUUUGUGCGAGGAGCGGAGCCGGAUUAUAUGAGAGGGAGGACCGCAUGGGAGACUUAUUAUUAUGCUAGAUAA